AUGAUGGGAAAUGUAAUGGGCAUCCCUCUUCGAUGGAUGUCUGAAGAGAUGUUGCAAAAGUAUCUGAUGGAACCUCUCAAAAAAGCCGGGCUUGAUAUGGUCUCGGAUAAACGUAUUGGAAACAUAACGUGUCCUAUCCUUAUGAUGCAUGCGGAAAAUGACCACGUGAUUCCAGUCGCUUUAGCACGAAAGCUCAAGGAUGCUGCAGUAGCUGCAGGACGCGAUGUCAAAUAUGUGGAGUUUGAGUCAGCAAAAAACUACAAACAUAAGUUUAUCUAUAUGGCGCCCGAUCUCUCUUCUCUAAUUCCGUGA